AAACAGUGAAAUUGUAUAGAGAAAAAAUAUCCAUAGAAAAUCCCGAAUCUAUAAAAGGCAAUUUUCAAAUCUGUCUCCGCUUCUUCGAGCGGAUCCGAGAACAAAAUGGCGUACAGAGCAGAGGAAGAUUACGAUUAUCUGUUCAAGGUGGUUUUAAUUGGGGACUCAGGAGUCGGAAAAUCCAAUUUACUGUCGAGAUUCACCAGAAAUGAAUUCAGCCUUGAAUCCAAAUCCACUAUCGGAGUCGAAUUCGCCACCCGUAGUAUUCGUGUCGAUGAUAAGAUCGUCAAAGCCCAGAUUUGGGAUACUGCUGGCCAAGAAAGAUACCGUGCUAUCACGAGUGCAUACUACCGAGGAGCUGUUGGUGCAUUGCUAGUUUAUGAUGUCACAAGACAUGUCACUUUCGAGAAUGUUGAGAGAUGGUUGAAGGAGCUACGGGGUCACACAGAUGCUAAUAUUGUGAUUAUGCUUGUGGGGAACAAGGCAGAUCUGCGUCAUUUGCGUGCUGUUUCCACUGAAGAUGCCAAGGCCUUUGCUGAGAGAGAGAAUUUAUUCUUCAUGGAAACAUCUGCCCUUGAGUCUUUGAAUGUUGAGAAUGCUUUUACCGAAGUGCUUACUCAAAUAUAUCGUGUAGUCAGCCGGAAAGCACUUGAGGUAGGGGAUGAUCCCGGAGCCUUACCUAAAGGGCAAAGCAUCAACGUUAAGGAUGAUGUUUCAGCUGUUAAGAAAGUUGGCUGCUGCUCUACUUAAGCACAUAUCUGGGAAUAGAGAAGGUUGAAACACUUUGAACCGGAGCAAUCAGACUUCGAGACUUCCACUCAGUUAAAAAUAUUGACAAACCAUUAUAAUCUUGUGCCAGAAUGCUAAAGAUUCUAUGAUCAUUUUGUCUAGAGUCCAAAGAAAAUGUCAGCAUCUUUCAUAUUUGAUUUUAAUUUCGCAUCAGAUCUUUGAUAGUUAGUUGAGGUUUUUAUCCCCUUUGUGUAUUAUUUUACUGCGUAGCCAACUAUUGUUGUAUUUGUUUGCUCUAGCAUAGACUUUAUCAGGAAAAUUUCAAUUUGUGGAGUGAUUUUGAUCUUACAA